CACCCCUAUCAGUUGCCAUUUUACUUUGGACAAAGCUUGACUAGAUUUGUACCUGUCAAAACAAUAUUUGAUGAGGAGGCGUGAGUGCAGUUCCUUUUAGUAUUUUGUAAAGAAAGUGUGUCCCUGUUCAAAUUUGAUUGGAGUUAUCGGCGCAAGGGAGCAGCGGUUUGCACAAGAAGGGCUCAUCUCGGACGUGAGUAUUGCCAAUGCUAACAGAUGGUAUAUGCCAUGAAUUGUAAGGAAGCUGCAGAGAAGGUUGUCUUGUCAUGGUCACGAUUCACCUCAGCUGGCCAAACUACUCUACUGGAGACCCUGAAGGCAUUCAGUCCUAUGUCAGAUGACCUUUUUGACAGUGAAAAGGAACUGGCCACUUUCAUUGAGGGACUCAAAGAUGAAGGUCACAAGCCUACUGUACUUAAAAGUAAGGAUGUCUAUGGUUACAGGUCUUGUACUUCAGUACUCAGGCCUUUAGUAAAGACGCAGAGUACUCUGGACAUUGCUACCUCAAAGGUUAAAAAGACUGGCAAAAAGAAGAGUCGAAAACCCCUGGACAAGAACACUGAAAUCAACUAUGCUUUGUUAAGUGCAGCUGCGAAAGUCGUCCUGAAGAAUCAACCCAAGAUUCUUUUGACAAAUCUGUCAAAGGAGUCUCUCAAACAGACGGUCCUCUCAAAACCACCGGACUUGGCUGUUGGCCCUGUCCAGAUGCAGUCAUACAUAAGACUGACAAACAUAAUUGGACCCUCUACAGGCCACACAGCAAGACUGCAGUUCCACACAGGUGUGGUCAGAAGAGGUAACGGUACCCAACUCACAUCGGCCACCAUCUCUAACAGGGACACAAGCACUGCAUUUGGAAGGUACCGGAAACUCCGAAAAAUCAGUCACUUUGAGGAGAGUGAACUUUGUGCCUUGCCCAGUCAAUAUCAUUGGAGUCCCUGUUCCUGCCAUGCUGCACAACGACCGGGUUUUGAAGGAAUGCAACAGAAUGCCUUGCUGGAGGGACCAGAAAAUGUGAAGGACUGAUGAGGCUGAGGACAAACUCUGAAGAGGCCCAGAAAUGGGGUCUGGCUGGUCAAAGAGCAGGAAGACCUCUGACUGAGCCAGAGCAACCGGAGGUUCGAGGUGAAGGUUGACUCAAUCAUAGACAAGGUGAGGUAAGCCCAGAAGAUCCUUCGAGGUCACCGGUCAGAGAUUCGACCACUUAUUGCCUACCCAAUGUGAACGGCCGUCAAGAGUCUUAGUCCUUUUGUCCUCCAUGUACAUGAUUAAACAGUUUCAGUUACAUCUCAAAUCGAGACUGUGCUUUGUCUUGGCUGUGCUCAGUUUGGGAGGAUUGGGAUUGUUUGGGAUACUUUUCUGAGAUUGGGAAAUAAUAUUUAUGUUUAAUAUAUGUUUACAUAAGAGGAUGCUGGUGUAUUACCUAAACAUCCAAAAAUCUGGGUUGUUUUGUCUAACACUGCACAGUAUAGGCCACCCCUUGACUGAUAAGGGAAGGAAUGGAUAAGUGUUGAGUUGAACCUACAGUGUGUAUAUAUUUUUUUCUUCUUUUGAACCAUUAUGAAAUGUAAUUUUCUUCUGUUUUAUAAAUGAUACACAUCUUUGACAAUGAAGUCAUGUAUAACUAUGCAGCAUUCACUUGCUAGAAUAUUACAGCUAUUUUAUAUACAUCA